AUAAUCGUAAUAAAAAUCGUAAAUAAACCUUGGUAGAAUGUCAUAUCAAAAAAUUUUCAAUUAAAGUAAAAAAAAACAAGAAUUUGGUAAUGAUGGAAAAGGCAUCAUCGUGUACAGAAACUGAUAGUGAUAAACAGGGCAGUUGUUUACUGCUACGAUAUCCAAGUCAGAAUUCUUUGGAUGAGAGCUCACAAAAACAUGUGCCACGUUCAUCUGGUGGUAAAGAAAAACCACCAUAUCGAAAUCAUCAACACACACAUCGAGCUUUUGAUGUUAUCAACUUGAUGCGCAAGUCAAAUUUACUUUGUGAUGUAACUCUUGUAGCUGAUAAUAUCGAAGUUCCCGCACAUAAAGUCGUCCUCUCAGCAUGUUCCCCAUAUUUUUACGCAAUGUUUACAAGUUUCGAAGAGAGUAAGCAAGAUAAGAUUACCCUUCAAGGAGUUGAUCAUCAAGCGUUACAACUCCUGAUCGAUUAUGUGUAUACAUCAGAGGUUCAUGUUACCGAAGAAAAUGUUCAAGUUUUAUUACCAGCUGCAAAUUUAUUGCAGCUAGUUGAUGUACGCGAUGCAUGUUGUGAUUUUCUUCAAGCACAAUUACAUCCAACAAAUUGUCUAGGUAUACGAGCGUUCGCUGAUUUACAUGGUUGUUUAGAAUUAUUAAGUCAUGCCGAAACUUAUAUCGAACAACAUUUCCCCGAAGUGGUCGAAUGUGAAGAGUUUUUAACGCUGACACAUACUCAAGUGUCGAAAUUAAUAUGUAGUGAUCGUUUAACAGUACCUUCAGAAGAAAAUGUCUUCGAAUGUGUGAUUUCUUGGGUACAUCAUGAUCUCGAAUUACGUCAAUCACAUUUAGCUGAGCUAAUGGAGCAUGUACGUUUACCAUUGCUAUCACAAGAAUACCUUGUACAACGCGUUGAAGAGGAACCGUUACUAAAGUCAGAUCUAAAAUGUAAAGAUUAUUUAAUUGAAGCGUUAAAAUAUCAUUUGUUGAAGGGCGAACAAAAAAUUUCAUUUAUAACACCCCGAACGAGACCUAGACAGCCAGUUGGUUUACCAAAAGUGUUGCUUGUCGUUGGCGGACAAGCUCCAAAAGCAAUACGUAGUGUGGAAUGUUAUGAUUUAAAAGAGGAACGUUGGUAUCAAGUAGCUGAAAUGCCGAAUCGACGUUGUCGAGCUGGAUUAGCGGUUAUAAAUGGGAAAGUUUAUGCUGUGGGUGGGUUUAAUGGUUCGUUGCGAUUACGUACCGUUGAUGAAUAUGAUGCUGGACAAGACAAAUGGACAACGUGUACAAAUAUGCAAGUACGACGAUCAACUUUAGGUGUUGCUGUAUUGGGAAACUGUAUAUAUGCUGUUGGAGGCUUCGAUGGAUCAUCUGGUUUAAAUUCAGCUGAAAUGUUUGAUCCUCGCACACAAGAAUGGCGUUUAAUUGCAUCCAUGUCAACACGUCGAAGUAGUGUUGGCGUUGGUGUCCUGAAUGGAUUAUUAUACGCUGUAGGUGGUUACGAUGGAGUUUCUAGGCAAUGUUUAAGCUCUGUAGAAUGUUAUAAUCCAGAAAAUGAUACUUGGACACCUAUAAAUGAUAUGUCGGCGCGGCGGAGUGGUGCUGGUGUCGGUGUUUUAGAUGGAAUUUUAUACGCUAUGGGUGGUCAUGAUGGUCCAGUUGUUCGAAAAUCUGUCGAAGCAUACAAUCCAGAGACUCAGCAAUGGUCGUCUGUAGCAGAUAUGACAAUGUGCCGUCGUAAUGCAGGCGUUGUGGCUUUAAAUGGUUUACUUUACGUCGUUGCUGGUGACGAUGGUACCGCUAAUUUAGCAUCUGUUGAAGUAUACAAUCCAAAGAAUGAUUCAUGGACCAUGUUACCGUCAUCCAUGAGUAUUGGACGCAGUUAUGCUGGUGUUGCAAUUAUUGAUAAGCCAAUCUGAAGAUGGGCUGGUGUUGGGACGACAACGGCGACAUCGGGGAAUAAAUACGCGAACACUAGUGAUUGUUUACUAGAUGAAGCUUGCGGUGGGAUUGGUCUACAUUAUGAGAAUGUUUAUGAAUCACUUGAUCAUCCCACUUGUACGUAUCCACCAAAUCACCCCGGUGUGGCAGCCGCCGCAGCCGCUCCAGUCGGCCCAACACCUCCAAUCGA